GUGUAUGUAUAAACUCCGCCCCUGCCGCGGUCCGAGAUUUCGACCUCAAGGAGUGUUUGAUCGCAGUAUGAUAACCUGUGUGCAUUACUGCUGUUGCUUGUGAUUCUAGAGUCUCUUGUUUUCGGCGAAUUUAGGACUAUACGUACGUCAGCAUCUCCUAAUUUCUGAUACACCAGACCUUUGAGAUUCUGAUUGCGUAGGGUUGUAUCUGCCCCAAUCUCCUUAAUGGCGCAUUGCAGAUCCAACUUCUUCUUCUUAAUCUAUUUAUCAAUCUUAUUGAUUGCUAGUGCCGCAAAAAGUUAUUAUGAUAUACUGCAAGUUCCCAAGGGUGCUUCCGACGACCAGAUUAAACGGUCCUAUAGGAAGCUGGCUUUGAAAUAUCAUCCCGACAAGAAUCAAGGAAAUGAAGACGCUAACAAGAAAUUUGCCGAGAUUAACAAUGCUUACGAGGUGUUAUCAAACAGUGAGAAGAGGAGUAUCUACGAUCGAUACGGCGAAGAAGGUCUCAAACAACAUGCUGCUGGUGGCGGUGGGGGCGGAGGAAUGGAUAUUCAGGACAUAUUCAAAUCGUUUUUUGGAGGUGGAGGAGACCGAGAAGAGGAGGAACGAGUGGCAAAGGGCGAUGAUGUAAUUAUUGACUUGGAUGCAACAUUGGAGGAUUUGUACAUGGGAGGGUCACUAAAGGUUUGGAGGGAGAAGAAUAUUCUAAAGCCGGCUCCUGGUAAAAGACAGUGCAACUGUCGUAACGAGGUUUAUCACAGGCAAAUAGGUCCAGGAAUGUUCCAACAAAUGACAGAGCAGGUGUGCGAGCAGUGUCCUAAUGUAAAAUAUGAAAGGGAAGGGAACUUUAUCACUGUGGAUAUUGAGAAAGGAAUGCAAGAUGGCCAAGAAGUGGUCUUUUAUGAAGAAGGUGAACCAAUUAUAGACGGUGAACCUGGAGAUCUGAGGUUCCGUAUUCGUACAGCAACACAUGAGAGGUUUAGAAGGGAAGGCAAUAACCUUCACACAACUGCCACAAUAACUUUGGCACAAGCACUUGUUGGAUUUGAAAAGACUGUUACGCACCUUGAUGAGCAUCUAGUGGAUAUUGGCACAAAGGGAAUUACAAAACCUAAGGAGGUGAGGAAAUUGAAAGGUGAAGGAAUGCCACUGCAUUAUAGCAAUAAGAAGGGUGAUUUGUAUGUUACUUUUGAGGUUCUUUUCCCUACAUCACUAACAGAUGAACAGAAGACAAAGAUCAAAGCUAUUCUUGGUUAGGCAUUUCAUUUUAUACAUGUACGAGAACAUCAUAUCCAAUCGUAAAAUGAGUGACAAGGAUUCUAUAGAUGAUUUACUUAGAUUUUUGUCAUUAGCUUCUUGUUAUCUUUUUAUGUGUCCUACAUAUUUCAGGAUGCAGG